UGGGAGUAGUAAAGAACAAGGGAUGGGAAUGAAGGACCCAGAAACUAAGGGACCUGGGGAAGGAAGCAACAUAAUGGGGCAGACACCCUGGAAGGGGUGGGACCAGCCACUUCUCUGAUCUCAGACCUCCUGCACCAACCUCAGGCCCCACCUUCUGCCACUCCCAGUCAAUUCUGACCCCAGAGGGUGAGAUCCUCUUCAUUUGUAGCCCCUUCUUCCCCCUGGGGUUAGAGAACCCUCUCCCCCAUAGUCCCUCCUGCCCCAGAAAUAGACACUUUUCCUCCUUAAAUUCUUACCUCAUCCACUUGCUCCCCUCUGGGGGAGAGUUCGUAUUUCCACUUCCACCCCAGAGAGAGAGUUAGCCCUCUUCUCCACAGCACUCACGAUGACCGUCAAACUUGACUUUGAGGAGUGUCUAAAGGACUCCCCCCGAUUCCGGGCUUCCAUUGAGUUGGUCGAAUCAGAUGUAUCAGAAUUGGAGAAUCGUCUGGAGAAGCUCCUCAAGCUCGGUUCUAGCCUAUUGGAAAGUGGGCGCCAUUAUCUUGCUACUUGUCGAGCCUUCAUCAGUGGCAUUCAAGAACUGUCGAACCUGGGUCCUCGAGAGCCCAUGAUGGUUGAAUGCCUGAACAAAUUUACAGAGAGCCUGAGUCACAAAAUCAAUUGCCAUGAAGACCUCUUGAAUGCCACCCAACAAACACUGAAGCAACAGAUCCAGAGUUUUGUGAAGGAGAGUCUCCGUAGUUUUUGGGAAGCCAAAAGAGAGUUUUGGAAAGGGGCAGAGUCCCUGGAGGCAGCUCUCAGUCACAAUGCCGAAGUCCCCCGGCGCCGGGCACAUGAAGCAGAAGAAGCAAUGUCUACACUGAAGUCCGUCAGAGCAGGCUACCAAGGGCGGGCAUUGGACUAUGUAUUGCAGAUCAAUGUGAUCCAGGACAAGAGGAAGUUUGACAUCAUGGAGUUUGUACUUCGAUUGGUGGAAGCUCAGGCAAUAUACUUCCAGCUGGGUCAUGAAGAACUGAAUGGGCUAGGAGUCUACCACAAAGAGCUGGCAGCCCAGUUGCACAAGCUUGUCCUGGAGUCUGCACGGGAAAAAAGAGACAUGGAGCAGAGACAUGUGCUGCUGAAGGAGCAGGAGCUGAGUGGAGAGGAACCUGAACCAGGCUUGAAGGAAGGCCCAGGGGGGCUAGUGAUGGAAGGACACCUCUUCAAAAGGGCCAGUAAUGCUUUCAAGACAUGGAGCAGACGCUGGUUCACCAUUCAGAACAACCAGCUGGUUUAUCAGAAGAAAUACAAGGAUCCUAUGACUGUGGUUGUGGAUGAUCUUCGACUGUGCACAGUGAAACUCUGCCCUGACUCUGAAAGAAGAUUCUGCUUUGAAGUUGUCUCCCCCAGCAAGUCUUGCCUCCUCCAGGCAGACUCAGAGCAGCUUCUUCAGUUGUGGGUCAGUGCUGUGCAGAGCAGCAUCGCCACUGCCUUCAGCCAGGCCCGGGAGGAGAAGGGCUCUCUAGAUCAGGGCCCUUCUCACUCAGCCUCAGGCUUAGCCUCUACUUUGGCUUGUGGAGGAGCAUCCAGAGGGACAGGCCGAGGGUCCAGUGUGACAGGACGUGUGGCAGCUCAGGUACAAAGUGUGGAGGGGAAUGCCCAGUGCUGUGAUUGCCGGGAACCUGCACCAGAGUGGGCAAGCAUCAAUCUUGGCGUGACCCUCUGCAUCCAGUGCUCAGGAAUCCACAGGAGCCUAGGGGUUCAUUUCUCCAAAGUCCGAUCUCUGACCCUUGAUUCCUGGGAGCCUGAACUGGUGAAGCUGAUGUGUGAGUUGGGAAAUGUUGUCAUCAACCAGAUCUAUGAAGCUCGAAUACAGGACAUGUCUGUGAAGAAACCUGGACCAACUUGUUCCCGGCAGGAGAAGGAGGCAUGGAUUCAUGCCAAAUACGUGGAGAAGAAAUUUCUGACCAAGCUGCCUGUGGUCAGAGGACGAAAAGUGGGGCGAGGCCACCCACGAGGGCAGCCUCCAUUGCCCCCUAAACCCCAGCUUCCACCCCGGCCAGGGAACAUGGGGGCCAAACCAGCGCUCCCCUCUGGUGAAUUGGGAUGCUUACACCCUGGGGCCUUGCUAUUCUGGGCAGCUGGGCCACCCCCAUCUCUUCCCACCAUGGCUGAUGCCCUUGCCCAUGGAGCUGAUGUCAACUGGGUAAACGGGGCACAGGAAAAUGCAACCCCACUCAUCCAGGCCACAUCUUCGAACUCCCUGCUUGCCUGUGAAUUUCUCCUCCAAAAUGGAGCAAGCGUGAACCAAGCUGACAGCAUGGGGAGGAGCCCCCUCCACCAUGCCACCAUCCUCGGCCACACUGGCUUGGCCUGUCUGUUCCUAAAGCGAGGGGCAGACCUUGGAGCUCAGGAUUCUGAAGGGAAAGACCCCCUGACCAUUGCCAUGGAGACAGCCAAUGCAGAUAUUGUCACUCUGUUACGUUUGGCAAAGAUGAGAGAAGUUGAAGUGGCCCAAGGGCAAGCAGGUGAUGAAACAUAUCUAGACAUUUUCCGAGACUUCUCCCUCAUGGCUUCUGAUGAUCCAGAGAAGCUGAGCCGCAGAAGCUAUGAUCUCCAUACACUCUGAACCAAAGAGUGAGACCCCCAAACUCCUCCCUUUGGAAUCAUUCACAUUAAAAUGAUCUCUCAGCUACCAA